AGGAAACUGCUGCUCCCUCGAGGGACUUGGUAUCAUAAUUAUAUAGGAAGCAGAAGAGUCUGCCGUCUGUUAGAGGAGCCAAGGGCUGCAGGCUGCUGGAUCACCUGCAGGUAGCAUCUGGAGAUAAAUGAAUGUUGAGCUCUGCUUCUGACGCUGUUUGGAAGAAGCAAACAUGUCUGAGAAGAAACCCCGUGGAGCAGACGCUCGGCCCAAAUCUGGCCUCCGCAGCUGGAGUGCAGACAGUUACAUCUGGCGGGGGAAGAAGCGCUCACGGAGAUCUCGUAACGGGUCAAGUCCCGGUGGACUGGAGGCAGAUGGCACAGAGGAGCUGGGUGUGCACUCCACAUCCUGUUCCAGGCGGCGCAGAGAGAGGAAGUGCAGCUGCAGUGCCCUUGGAGAAACACUGACGGCCACAGACUUUGAUGGAGUGUGUCGGAAGGCAUUGUCUCGGCGCUCUCUCCGGCAGAAGUUCCAGGACGCCGUGGGUCAGUGUUUUCCUCUGCGCUCCCACCAUCACCAUCAUUACCACCACCCACCGGGGUCUUCUCGACCCUUCUCUGUGCUUUUCUGGUCCAAACGCAAGAUUCAUGUGUCAGAACUCAUGCAGGACAAGUGCCCGUUCUCACCCAAGUCUGAACUGUCCAAAUGUUGGCAUCUCAUAAAAAGCCAAGUUCCUCACCCAAGUGCCCUGAAAGACAUGAAGGCUCCUUUGAAGGUCAGUGUCUCAUCUUCCACCUCCCCACCACAAACACCCAUCUCCUGGGAGGACAUCUGCUCCUCGCCCGGGCCUGGAACUGCUCCUCUUGAUGAAUGGGACCCUUCCUGCCGCCGUGGGGGAGCAGAUGGCAGCUGUGACAACACCGACUACAUCCUGGUCCCGGAUCUCCUUCAGAUUAACAACAAUCCGUGUUACUGGGGUGUGCUGAACCGAUUUGAGGCCGAGGAGCUGCUGGAUGGCCAGCCAGAGGGAACGUUUCUGCUCCGAGACUCGGCCCAGGACGAGUUCCUCUUCUCGGUCAGCUUUCGCCGCUACAGUCGCUCCCUGCAUGCACGCAUUGAGCAGAACAGCAAGCGUUUCAGCUUUGAUGUGCGUGACCCGUGUAUGUACCGGGACCCCAGCAUAACGGGCCUGCUGAGACACUAUAGUGACCCGGCUACCUGCCUCUUCUUCGAGCCCCUCCUCUCCAGGCCCCUGCCAAGGACUUUCCCUUUCCAUCUUCAGCACCUGUGCAGGGCUGUGAUCUGUAGCUGCACCACCUACCAGGGCAUAGACGGCCUCCCACUGCCACCUCAGCUCAGGGAAUAUCUCAGACAGUACCAUAUUAGGUGUGACGGGGCCUGUGCUGUAUAAACAUCCACAGAAGGAAUUUUUAAGAUCGAGAAAUGAAGCAACCAAAAGAGGACCAUCAGAUUUACAUUUAGCCUGUGGGACAGUUUGGACUUCUGUCAUCAUUACGUCAAAACAGAACAUCUAUGCUGGUGAAAGUUCUCAUAAUCCAGGUCAUGGUAAUCCAAAAGGGUUCAAAUGAAAGCAACUGGGAUUUUUCAAGACAUCAAAGAAGUCCAGUUGCCUUCGUCUGAACCCUUUGGGAAGCAGGACAUCAUGUAGGUUUUCUAAUGAGCUAAAGAGCUAACUGUGAUUUGCUGAGCCACGUGGAAUGUCAGAAGCUCCAAAACAUUCAUGUUUCCAUCCUUAAGGGGAAACAACUUCAGCCUUAUACUGUAAAAUGAGAAGAAUUAACCCAAAUCACACCUUAUAUUAACUGCACCUUUUAAACCCCCUCAGGUAAAAAAAAAAUCUUCCAAAAGGAAAAUAAAUAGUUGUUUCCAGCUUUUUAUAUUUAGCUGUAUCCCCCUGAAUAUUGGGUUUUAAUUUUACCUCAGUACUGGUGAGCUUACCCAUCAGCGGCAAAAGUUUCAUUUCUGAUACAGCAGAUAUGUCCUAAGAUCUCCAUCUAUUUGACAUUAUUAGUACUUCCCUCAAACCCUGCCUUGAUCAAUGUCUUUACACGUCUGGUGGAGGAUUUAUGUGCUGCAGGUGGGGAAAGUCAGUUUCAUUAUUUUGUUGUGCUAUAUAAUUACACAUUAAAGUAUGAUUAUCACUUAUACAAUUUGUAUAUUGACUCAUAAAAAUGAAUGUUUCAUUCUAAAGUAUAACUUUCUGAUAUCUGUUUGUUUACUUGUUGAAGAAAGUAUUUUGUUUCCAGGUUUGGCUUGUUUUAGAUGGGUUUUUUUCUGAUCCUCCAAAUUUUGACUACUGUCUACUGCAGGUAAGAUACUGAUUGCAAAUAAAUUUUCAAAAAAUAUUUAAUCAUCCCAAAAUUUUCUUUUUUGCAAUAUGUUUGGAAUAAACUAAAAGGCCUUCAAGAGACUAUAUAUAUA